AUGCUAGUUGAGCCUAUUAAUGAGACAAAGUCCCCAAGAACGAGGUUGGACGACAUUUUAAACGGUACAAGAGAUUUCUUGCAAGCUCUUUGUCUGCUGGCAGGCUCGUCUGGUCGACAUUCAGCCAGCUCCCCUCGAUCGUCUACUGGUACUGUACUGAGUUCAAAUCCUACAUCAAACACCACAAGACCUAAUUUCCAAAAGAGUAAUAAAGACUAUGCAAAUACUCUAUCCGGAACUGAUGCAAGCAGCACAUCCUCGCCCGUAGACAGUUCUUCCUCGUCGAUACACUCCGCCCUAUCAAAAUCUGAUUCGCGAACGUACUCAAAGUAUGAUUUCGCAACUUCAAUCCUCAUUCUUACAUGCCAUAUGCAUUUACUGCGGCUUCAUGAAGUUCUAUUCUCACGCAUACAUGGCUUUCUGACAGAGAUCUCGGACAGUGAUGACCCCUCUCUCUGCCCCCUUCCUGGGCUUAGCUUUUGUAGCUUUCUAUUACAAUCCGGUAAUCUUCAGGCGACUAUUCUCAUCCAAAUUAUAACCAGCCUUUUCGAACAGAUCGAAAGACUUCUGGGCUUACCACGUGAAUACUGGAUAUAUCCUGGCGAGAUCGGGCCGGAUGACUUUGUUUCGGGUGGCUUGUUCAGUAGCGAAGAGAUGGUCGGCAUUGUAAAGUUUGCAUUUCGGCAACAGGAGUCGGGCGAAUCUGAAAGUCGAAGAGGCGGAUUGGAAGCAUUACGCAAGCAUCUUGAGGGGAUAAAACAAUUGUUGAAAAAUAGCAUAGCACCUUAGAGCCAAGGCGAAAUGACUGAGCCCACAAGCAGCUUCUGACUCGUUGAUGCUUGAAUCUCGAAUGAUAGAUAAUUAUGGUCUUCCUGGAGCAUAUCAUAUAGAUCUACCAUGUCAUCCUUAUCACUCCACUUAUUUUAGGAAAAGCUGUUGCCUUUGAAAGUCUCCAAGCAAUGAAAUU